ACUUAAAACCUCUCUUUCUCUUCCAAUUCAAUUCAAUUUUCAGAUUUUACUUUACUCAAUUCCUUCAUUUUCAAAAACUGUUAAUGGCGAAAUUCAGGCACUCUCGCGCGGCACUUCGAAAACCGUCUCUAUCGACUUUACAGACAUUGAUCUUCAUCUUAUUUGUCACAUUCACAAUCUUCAUUCUCAUUCUCUUAACUCUCCGUAUCCCUAAGUUCAACCACCUCAACGCCAUCUCUCGUAACGCUCUCAGAAGCAAUGACGAUAGCAAUAAGCGUUGGGUUGAAAUCAUAUCGUGGGAACCUAGAGCGUUUUUAUAUCAUCAUUUUCUGACAAAAGAGGAAUGUGAACAUAUAAUCAAUAUAGCCAAGCCUCAUAUGAAAAGAUCAACUGUUGUUGAUAAUGAAACUGGAAAGGGUUUCAACAGCAGUAUACGGACAAGCUCUGGAACUUUUCUCCCGAGAGGACAUGAUAAAAUUGUGGAGAAAAUUGAGAAAAGAAUAGCUGAUUUUACUUUUAUACCUGUUGAGAAUGGCGAAGACCUUAAUGUUCUCCAUUAUGAAGUUGGACAAAAAUAUGUACCUCACUUGGAUUACUUUAGAGAUGAGUAUAACAUUCGGAAUGGGGGUAACCGAAUAGCAACAAUGCUGAUGUACCUCUCAGAUGUUGAAGAAGGGGGUGAGACGGUGUUCCCGUAUGCCAAGGGUGAUUUUAGCUCAGUUCCUUGGUGGAAUGAACUUUCUGAUUGUGGAAAAAACGGACUUUCAAUUAAGCCAAAAACGGGUGAUGCUAUACUUUUCUGGGGCAUGAAGCCUGAUUCAACUUUUGAUCCAUUGAGUUUGCAUGGUGCUUGUCCUGUAAUCAAGGGUGAUAAGUGGUCAUGUGCCAAAUGGAUGCGGAUGGCUGGAUACACCUAAACAUGCAUUAUUGUAGGAUGUUAUCUCUCCUUUCAUGUUGUUUUGCUUCUUUUUAGAUUUGUAUCGAUGUUGGAGAUUUUAUUCGUAUUUUUAG